CCUGCCUACACUCUUCCAGGAGCCAAUAUCCAUGUCGGGUCUUGGUUGCAUCUUAUUUUGUUAUGUGUUUUUUCAGCUUUGAAGACAUUUAGUGCUGCAGCAUCACUGACUUUCAGGUGCAGGCAGUAGACACUACAAUGUGUGUCGGCUCGAUCACAAGUAUUUUCCCCACAUUGAAAACGGAGCAAGUCCAGAUAGCUGAGUUAUACAGGACUCGACCAGAGCACUUUUUUUCAGGAUUAACUCUGCAACCGUGCUGUUCGUUUGCUAUUUUGGUUACCAGAGUAGCUUCUUGAGGAGAUCGCCAUUCCUGGCAAAAAUAACUACUGAGUGAUUUGACUGCCCCAAACCAAAAAUGUUUAAAUUACCAAACUGAAGUGGGCGUGCUUAACACCUAUCAAAACAUCAUCUGCAACAGUUAAAUGACUUUGGCUCACCGUUAGCAUCAACAAUGAAAGGGUUAUCAAGUAGCAGAAGCCACCACCAUACGGUCAUAUGUGACCCAUCCUAUGACUCCCUAAUACAUCACCCAGACCGGAAGCCAUAUUUGUUAAACCCAGUGGACACACACCCAGCUGACCACCCCUACUAUGCCCAAAGGAACUCUAUUCAAACAGAAUGCAUGAUGCCCUACAAUGACCAGCUAGCUAGCAGCACCUUCCCCAGGAGGCACUACAACUCCCAUCAUGAACUGAAGAAUGAGUGUGCCUUGGUACCACAUGGCAUACCCAACAAAGGUAACCACAUGCCUGCCAACCUUUUGGAGCAGAUUGAACGGCAGAUUCCCAUUAGCCGUGAUGGCUACCACACUCUCCAGUACAAGAGGACUGCGGUGGAGAACCGUAGUGAUAGCCCGGGGAGGAUACGGCACUUGGUUCAUUCUGUUCAAAAGCUUUUUACAAAGUCUCACUCCCUCGAGGGACCUUCCAAAGGGAGCAUAAACGGCAACAAGGCCAGCCCAGAUGAGCCCCCCACUGUUAAAAAUGGGAAGCGCAGUAAGAGCAAGGACAGGGGUAAGAUAGAGAUGAAGCCCAGGUCAAAUAUUGCUGGCUGGUGGAGUUCUGAUGACAAAUUGGACAACGAUGUCUGUCUUUAUCAUGGUCCUGCUGGCAUCAUGACCAUGGGUAGAUGUCCAGACCGGUCUACCUCCCAGUACCUUAUGGAAGCCUACAACAAUAUCAGUGAACACACCCUUAAAACAUCCAGGAGCAAUAAUGAUGUAAAAUGUACUACCUGCGCAAGUAUCCCCAUUAACAUGGAUGCACAACUCAUGAAGAAAAGCUCAUGGUCAUCAACUCUUACGGUGAGCAGAGCACGUGAAGUCUACCAGAAGGCCUCUGUAAAUGUAGAUAAAACUGUAAUGAAAUCUGAGACUUGUCAGCAGGAACGGUCAUGCCAGUACUUGCAGGUUCCUCAGGAUGAAUGGACCGGCUUUACUUCCCUCGGCAAAGAUGAUGAAAUCCCAUGUCGCCGGAUGCGCAGCGGCAGUUACAUAAAAGCCAUGGCAGAUGAUGACAGCGGGGAAUCUGACACCAGCCCAAAACCCUCUCCCAAGAUUCAAGCACGGAGGGCUAGCUAUCUGAAGGCCACCCAGCCAUCCUUGACAGAAAUGACCACUCUCAAGAUAUCAACUGAGCAUUCUCCAAAACUUCAGAUCCGGAGUCACAGCUACCUGAGGGCGGUGAGUGAAGUUUCAAUCAAUAGGAGUUUGGAUAGCCUGGACCCAGCAGGGCUGCUCACCUCUCCUAAAUUCCGAUCACGGAAUGAGAGCUACAUGAGAGCCAUGAGCACCAUCAGUCAGGUGAGUGAGGUGGAGGUGAAUGGCCAAUUCGAGUCAGUCUGCGAAUCCGUAUUCAGUGAGAUGGAGUCUCAGGCAGUGGAUGCUUUGGAUCUUCCAAUGCCGGGCUGCUUUCGCAUGAGGAGCCACAGCUACGUGAGGGCCAUCGAGAAGGGCUGCUCUCAGGAUGACGAGUGUGUGUCACUCCGGACCGCAUCCCCACCGCGCACAACCACUACAGUGAGGACCAUUCAGAGCAGCACUGUGUCAUCAUGCAUUACCACGUACAAGAAGACGCCUCCCCCAGCCCCCCCGAGGACGACGACCAAGCCCUUCAUCUCAAUCACGGCCCAGAGCAGCACCGAGUCGGCCCAGGAUGCCUACAUGGACGGGCAGGGGCAGCGCGGGGACAUCAGCCAGUCUGGCCUCAGUAACUCCACAGAGAGCAUAGACAGUAUGAAAGCCUUGACGGCUGCCAUCGAGGCAGCCAACGCCCAGGUCCACGGCCCUGCCAGCCAGCAUGUGAGCAACAGCACCGUUACAAUCACGUCCACCUCCGUCACAGCCAGCGAGACAAGUGCACACCUCUCAGAGGAGAGCAAGAAAGAAGUGCUGAGGAAAAGCAAGUGCUUAUCCAUCGGAAUACAGGUUGAUGGACCUGACGAUUCAUCUGAUGUGGAAGAAAACUCACAUUUUUCAAAUAAGUUUCAGUCGGUGGGGAUCCAAGUUGAGGAGGAGAGGUGCUCUCGCAGGUUCACUCGAUCUAAUAGUGUGACGGCAGCGGUCCAGGCAGAUAUUGGAGAGGUCUUGGUUGGCCUAGUGGAAUCUCCGGAGACAGACCCCCCCUCCUCCGGCUCAGUGUCCAGGCAGUUUUCCCGGGAUGCCAGCACCUCCACAGUCAGCAUCCAGGGCUCAGGAAACCACUACCACGCCUGCGCUGUGGAUGACGAAUUUGAUGCUGGAUUCGACCCUUCCAUCUUGCCGCCCCCAGACCCCUGGAUCGACACUGUCACCGAGGACCCUAUGGAGGUGGUCCAGAGGUCUGUGUGCCACAGGGACGGUGGUUGGUUUCUGAAGCUGCUGCAGGCAGAGACAGAUCGAAUGGAAGGCUGGUGCCAGCAAAUGGAGAGAGAUGAGCGUGAGAAUGACCUGCCUGAUGAAGUUUUAGGAAAAAUCCGGAGUGCAGUGGGGAGUGCUCAGCUGUUAAUCUCCAAGAAAUUCCAACAGUUCAGGGAGCUGUGUGAAGAGAACUUGAAUCCCAAUGCACACCCUCUGCCUACAUCGCAGGAUUUAGCUGGCUUCUGGGACAUGCUGCAGCUGUCAAUAGAAAACAUCAGUUUGAAAUUCGAAGAACUUCACCAGCUCAAAGCUAACAACUGGAAGCCAUUAGCGGUUCCUAAAAAGAAGGAGAGAAGGUUGCCUCCUCCUGUGCCAAAGAAACCCCCGAAAGGUUACCCUCCCCUGGCAAGGGACAGGUCCCUGGAAAGCACUGAGAAGCAGCGGCAAGAGGCAAGGAAAAGAUUGAUGGCUGCCAAGAGAGCCGCAUCCGUGCGACAGAAUUCAGCCACAGAGAGUGCAGACAGCAUUGAGAUCUACAUCCCUGAGGCCCAGACCCGUCUAUGAACUCAAGAUGUGUACACACACACACACACACACACACACACAGACAAGGAAUCUGUGCUUGUACUAUACUCACUCUUUUAGGCCCUUCCACAGAAAAAAAAAAAAGAAUAUUAACCAAAUAAAGUUUAGUAUUCCUUUUACAUUUUCUUGUUCUGUUUCUCUGAUCAUUCGCACAGGGAUCAGGUUUAUUUCCACCUAUAUGAUGUAGUUGUUGAGCCUCCCUCAACCCCCCCACCCCCCAGAGAGUUUUGUGUGACCCUACUUCUUAAGGUUUGCCAAUAGCAUAGCCACAUAAAUAUUGUACCAUAGCUGCCAUGCAUAAUAUACGGCAUUCUGCUUUAUUUAUUUAUUUAUUUAUUGUUUGCUCUUUCUGUAAAAAAGAAAUCAUGACAACAAAAUAUCCUUGUACAUAAAGCUGUCUCAUAAACACCCUGACCUUAGACAUCCUAAUAACUAGCAAGCUAGGUGGCAGUUUGCCUACAGCAAUUGAAAAUAACCAGGUAAUUUGUCAUCAGUUAUGACUGCACGGUCUUGCGGGCCUCUGCUGUUAAACUUAUGAAAGCUGAUUGAGCUCAUUGAGCAUCGUCAGAGCAGUUGGGAGUACUUGAAUCAGCAAGUUUGAAACGCAAAAGUUCCAAUCACAACCUGAGACGCAGAAUGGGGGAAAACGCAAAAAAAAAAAAAAUAACAUCAUAGGGAAUAUGAAAGCUGUAGGAUCCUUGUACAUUAACAGAUCUCAAAACAUAUUGAACUUGUAUGAUUUUUCUUUAGUUAUCUUUUUAAAUUAUCAGUGAUUUUCAUGAGUAGGAUACUUUCACUUGUCUAUAGUUAUUUCUAUGUUUGGUGAUCAUGCAUAAGCUUGUUAUUGUAAAUGCUUAAAUAUAAAGAAGAGAAAUGAUCUCUUUGCACUAGCACUUCUGUUGUCAUCUGUGAAAUGUGUGUAAACAUAAUAAUUAAAAAAAAAUGCAUAACUAAAAACCUUACUAACACUUUGUUAAACAGGGAGUAUAUAUAGUAAGCAGUUUGUAUCUAGUUAAUUGAUUAUCUAUAUGGUACUCACGAAGAGUUAUUAAAAAAGGAUGUAUUUCCAGUAGCUAGUGCAGUAGCUCAGCAUAUUACUCAACCCAUCCACUGACCUGCACGAGAAGGCUGUUAUAAGAAAUUACCCAGCUCUGCCUGGGUGAUACAGGCGGAUAGUGUUGCCCAUUCUUUCCUGCCUAUUGCAUGUUGGGCUGCUAAUCAUGAAGAUGCGUCAGUGCAGGUACUCUCAGAGUCAGGGAGAAGUCAAUGAAGCAAAGUCAGAAUCUCCCAAAAGAAAGAGUGAAAUACUUGUGUGUAUGUAUUUAGGUGUGUAGGUGUGAAUGUGAGUGCGAGUCUUUCAAGUGCUUCCUAGUUUGUAAUUUGUAGGUUGUUAUUGACCUACCUUUUUUAUGUAAUGAAGUAGCCUUGUGGGACAUACUGUAUUAUAAGAAAUAAGCCCCACAUAUACAGUAUAUAUUUAUUUUAAAUUAUUAUGUUCUCUGUAAUUGUGACCAUUGAAAAAGAAAAAAAUCAACAAUAAAACCCCAUACUACUCACAGCAUGAUUUCACAGGGUGUCAACAUGAAGGUAAGCGUAAGCUUUACAUGUGCGUACUUCUCUGAGGACAGACAAAAUAAAUUAUUCAUUCUUUUGUCACACCAUUGGGUUCUGUUUUUAAGGCACCUGCAGUGGGUUAUCAAUAGUAUUUUAAUAGUAUAAAUAGUAUAUAAACGUAUUUGUGGAUCCAACUAUGAAAAUCUGCAGAUGUAUCAUGCAUUUUGAAUGGUUUUCUCAGAAGAACUUUGAUUUAAUUUUGUCUGGCCAUUCAUUUUACAUAUCAGUAUAUGUUCAUUGUGAUAUGAAUGAACCUCAUGGUGUCACAUGUGUCACUUGAAAUCUGGUAUUGCUGCAGUGUUGUGACAUCAGCUGCAAGCAGGGUUGGGGAAGUUUUCUGAAGCUAUAGGCCCUCAACUUAAAAAUGUAGAGCAGUUUUACUUGCAGUGCAAGUUUGCACAGGGGCUGAGCUAUUCGCUUCCAGCUUUCUCUGGAAGAACAACAUUAUAUUUAUUGUUGCAUCUGCUGAUUUUGUAUUUAAGUUAGUUUAACAGAGAAUAAAGGCAGGUAGUAUGCCAUUAAUUGUAACAGUAUACAUAAAUCAGUAUUAAAAGUUCUUGUAUUUUACAAGACCAAGCCAAGUGAAUUUUGCUUUACAAUAGCGAUGUGUGGUAAAUGUAGCUGAAAA